AUGGCCGCUGAGGGACGUGGUCCCCGCGCCUCGCUCUGGGCGGCGGCGACGCUGCUGCUGCUGCUGCUACCGCCGGGGCUGCGGCGUCUCUCCGUGCGAGCCGAUGGGCAGCUUUUUGUGCUGGAGGCUCAGAACGGCUCGCAGGGCCUGGGGCUGGAGGCGGCCCGGCUUUCCUGCCAGCGCAGGGGUGCUCGCCUGGCCUCUGUGGACGAGCUGCGCAGGGUGGUGCAGGACUGUGCCGUGGCGGUGUGCACCACGGGCUGGCUGGCCGACGGCACCCUGGGGACCACCAUGUGCAGCAAGGGGAGUGGUGAGCAGCAAGUCAUGAGAGCCGUUGAUGUGAGAAUCGAGAGCAGCCCGGUUCCUGGUGGCACGUACAGUGCCCUUUGUAUGAAGGACGAAGAGAAGCCGUGCGGAGACCCGCCUUCGUUCCCACACACCAUCCUGCAGGGCCGCACGGGCCUGGAGAUGGGGGACGAGCUGCUGUACGUGUGCGCCCCAGGCCACGUGACGGGCCACCGCGAGACGGCCUUCACCUUGCUGUGUAACAGCUGCGGGGAGUGGUACGGCCUGGCGCAGGCCUGCGGGCGAGAUGAUGCUGAGGCACAUAUUGACUAUGAAGAUAAUUUCCCUGACGACAGAUCCGUGUCGUUCAGAGAGCUCACGGAGGACUCCCGGACAGAGACAGAGGAGGACAGAGGUCCAGGAGACGCCUCCGAGGGGGCUCCACGACGGGACCGUCUGGUCUCCAUUUCUGUGGGGAAAGACGCCAUCGCCCAGGAUACGGCCUUUGUGCCAACUACAGGCUCGUCCAUCGCUGGGAGCAGCGUCCCCACAGACCUGCCAGGAUCCCAGCCAAACCGGAAGUCCUUGUUCUGGUUUCCUGCAGAGACCUUCCACAAGCCUGAGCUGGAAACGGAGAUGGAGGAUGACACCAAAAAGCAGCUCCUGGCUAGAGACAGGCAGAGGAGCAUAACACCGGCUCCAGGUGGACCUGACGCCAAGGUGAUCUCUAGCAGCACGGAUGGGCACUCAGGGACAUUUGUGGGCAGGACUGACAGCAAAACAGGGGACCCAGUGGUGAGCAGCAGUGAUGAGUCCUGGUUAGAUGGCUACCCCGUGACCGACGGGGCUUGGAGGAAGAUAGAGGCAGAGGAGGCAGAAGACGAGGAAGACAGGGACAAGGGAGAUGGGUCAGUGGGGCCGGAAGAAAGGCUUCCAGUCACUCCUAACCAGCCCACUCCUGUAGAAGUUAGGAAGGCUGGGAGCACCAUGCUCACACCAAGUGAGAACAUGACCCGAAGUUCAGUUCUAACUCAAACACUAGAUGUGGAAGCUUUGCCUCUCAGACCGAUAAAUGUGUUGGAAACAGACAGUCCCAGCAAGGGAGAUGGUGAUUUGACCAGAUACCGGUCAACUGUUCCUUGGAAGCUGGCCACAGAGAAGUCUCCCAUGGCCGCCCUACCCUAUGAAGUCCCCAGCUCUACCCUGGAGCCAGUAACAACUGCUAUCCAGCAAAUGCCGAACCACAGUCCCUCAACUAUCAUGGCGGCAACCCAGACGCCAGUGGAAACCACUGCUCCUGAGGUCCAGGAUAGUUUCCCCUACCUGCUGUCCGAGGACUUCUUGGGACAGGAAAGCCCCGGCCCGAGUGCAAAUGAGGAGCAUCUUCCGACUGUGGAACCGUGCGUAGGGGAUGGGUGUCCCAGCCUCAGCAGAGGCCCUGUCAUUGCCACCAUUGUCACCGUCCUGUGUCUGCUGCUGCUCCUGGCAGGCGUGGGGGCAGUGUGGGGCCACCGUAAGUGCCAGCACAAGAGCUCUGUGUACAAGCUGAACGUGGGCCAGCGGCAGGCUCGGCACUACCACCAGCAGAUCGAGAUGGAGAAGAUCUAGCCGCCUUGAGAGCAGGCCCUCCCGAAGCCCCUUGGGAGGAAGAUACAUGCCCCACGGCUCACACACUGACGAGUCACUAGACCAUGAAACAGGUGGCGCAGGGCUUGUCCUUCUCUUCCUCAGGUCCUCAUUCUACAGGCCAAGAAGUGUCUCUGGAGGCACCUGGUAGGACAAGAAGGACUUGGUGGCAUCAUCACACACAUCAACGUUUCCCCGGCCAAGUCCCCUGAACACACUGCGCUAAUCCCAGACCUGCGCUCGGGCCCUAAUUCCCGUGUGAGGUCAGGACUCACCUCCCACUUCAUCGUGCAUCUUCUGUCCCUUUUUUAAGAAAAAAGAAAUGAAUGCCUCCACCCUGAAAUUUUUAGAAAAAGUAUGAUAACCUGAGCAUUUGAGAACAGCGUUAUUCAGGAUCUAGGUAUUUAAUUGUGGGGGGUGGGAUAUAGAAAAACAGUAGGUUACUUCCUUUUAAUGUUGUGACAUCGGAGGGCAAACGAGCCAGGAGCAGCACGUACUCUAGAAGCGUUGAGAUUUCUUUUUUGCUGUUUCCUGAAUUUGGAAAGAAUUUAGGACUGAUGUUUUGCUGGGGGCGGGGGAGUUAGGGAGUAACAAGACACACAUCCACCUCUGUCCCCUCCAUUCUGUAGGACAGACCAUUGUCAUAAAACAACAACAAGGUGAUCUUUGUCCCGGUAAGCACAAUUUCCUCUCCGAGGCAGGGGCCUCGAUGUCCGUGACCAGUCUGUGCCCGAGAAUACCAUAGAUUUUUUUGUUGAACUAACAAAACUCGGUUCUUGGUUUCCUCUCUUUGGAUUAGCCAUUUUUCUGAACUCCGGCAAGAGGAAAAUAAGAGGCCCGAAGUCGAGGAAUGCAGAGGAAUUAAAAAGGACUAUGAAAUUCUGUGCACUGACCUGUUCCGUCCUCUUUUGACGCCAUCGGGGGCUCCGGGGACACAGCACGAGCCUGGGGUGGACUCCUCCUGGCUACUGAGCAGCCCGCCCCGAGGUCUCUAGAUCAUCUUAUGGCAGCUCAGCGUGCGUGUUUCCGACAGGCGCUCUCAGGGCGUGGUCCUCAGACUGGGGGCGGGGCUCAGCCAGCUGUGUUUUAGGGAGCCACCCAGGUGGUUCUAACAACGACUCGAGCUUGAGAACCAUUGCUUUAGACUCUAAAUUGGGAGCUGUGAGCCAGCGGAAGCUCUACAGGCACAGAGGACACGUGACACCUGGGGCUGGCCUUGCGCAGAAGUCCGGCAUCGCCAUGCACCCCGGUGGCAGCAGUUGAAGGUGCUGAUGUGCCCCCUCCGACGGUCUCCUACGUAUUGGCACAGAAAUGAAACACAUUACAUUUUUACAACAUGAGUCCCCUUCUUAGGAAGAGUUUUCAGUGGUUAAAAAAAAGGACAAAGGCCUGAGAUUGAUUUGGAGACACUUGAGUGGUUUUAUGCGCAACAAAAUCCCGAUCUCCUUUACAAUCGGGAAAUUGGUGGUGGUGUUUUACACACACGCACAUGUGUCAAAUUCGGGCAACAUGUUUUCCACCCUGCGCCCCUGUUUUCGGUGCGUGCUUUGGAAAAGUAAGUAGCUAUUGAGGCAGUGCGGCCAAAUCGAAGACCCUAGUCACCGUUACUGGGUAAGAUGAAAGCCUGAAGGUACCAAACAGAAUACCUAUGCGUCAGAUGAAAACUAGAACAGGACUGAAAUGCCUGCUGCAUACAGGCAAAGCAGAACACCACAGCAUGCAAGCUGGAGGCUGUGUAUAUUUAUAAAUUAGAUUCUUUUCUAAUCUACUACAAGGUAACUUUUCUAUUUUUAACUGUAUAAAAUAACCUCUAUCUCAACAUUGGGAUCAUGUUAUUCAACUAUUAUUAUGUAAUAACCUAAGAACACUGACUUAAUACCAACCCAGAAAUAGGGAAUGUUAAUACAAAUGUGUUAAUAAAUCUAUGACAGAUACAUUAAUACAUGGAAGUGUAUUAUUUUGUAGACAUGAACUACAUGGAAACAAACCCAAUGCAUGAGUUUUUAAGUUUUUAGUGACUUGCUGUUAUCUAAAUUAAUGUUAUAGGAUCUAAAAAUGCAUAUAGAAAGGGAAUGAUUAAAACUUUGUAUACCUAAA